UUGUCAAUUGCAGAGGAUGAGAGCGAAGAUGAACAAGAAAGAUGUGAGAAGUUUUGUUCCUUGGAUGCAGCUGGUACAGAAAGAUUCGGACAAUCAGAGAAUGCGGAGCAAGCACAGACAGACAAGCUUGUUCUACAGCACUUCAUAGAAACAGAUGAAAAACGCAAAAAUGGACUUGCGGACAACAAAGCUAAAGCUCAGCGAAGGCUUGUUGGUCUUUGGAACUCUCUUCGUAAAAAUCCAGAUACGCUACAGAAAUACGAUGAAGUGUUUCAAGACCAGUACCGCAACAUUCUUGAAUACGUCCCCGAAGAGGAAUCAGACUACAAAAACUUACAUGAUUCACCCGAUCAAACUGUUAUCACUCCACACAAGACGACGACGAAGCUAAGUGUGGUCUGUGACGCUUCUGCCCACUACAAAAACCGUCCUUCACUCAAUGACUCCUUACAAAGGGGUCCAGUCAUUUCACCUCAGUUUUUCGAAGUGUCGUUACGAGAGAAACACAAGCUUCAAGUUAGACAUAACAAGUCCAUUUCGCACCCGCAGAAGCACGACUGCGUCCUUAUCACAGACCCCGUACAACCACGACAUUCCUCGAAGAUGGGGCGCAUUACGGAGCUUUUGAAGAGCAAAGACGGACAAGAAAGGAAAGCAGUCGUGAUCUUACAAUCUGAAAAACAAACUCGCCGACCAGUGAAUCUUCCGGUACCAUUGAAGCUAGAAGAUGGAAUAAAGGCCGAAACAACAAGAUGGCCAAGCCUCCCCAGGAAACCCCAAACGGUACCAAAUGAGACCGCGAAAAUUGAUAGACUACGAUGAAA